AUGGUUUGGGUACGACUAUUAAGGAUCAGUUCGUCACGAACAACUCCUUGGUUUGUUAUUGGUGAUUUUAAUGAAUUAACAGGAAAUCAUGAAAAACGUGGUGGGAAACUCCGUCAUGCUUCUUCUUUUCUUGCUUUUAAUGGAAUGAUUCAGGACUGUGGUUUCUUGGAAUUUCCAUAUCUUGGGGACUUUUUGUCUUGGCGAGGGUGGCGGGAUAAAAAACCAAUACGUUGUAGGUUGGACAGGGCUUUGGGUAAUGAGGAUUGGCACGAUUUGUUUCCUGAUACGGUUACAGAAUACUUACCCAUGGUUGUGUCUGAUCAUAAGCCUCUUGUGGUGAGUAUAGGCGCUAAGCGGCCGCGAGGGCGGAGGAGUUUUAUCUUUGAUCGUCGCUGGGUUGGGAAGGAGGGAUUGAUGGAUGCGAUCUCGCAUGGUUGGGAUGGUGCUCCUGAUCAGGGAUCGACCAAUUUUGUGGACAGACUUGCCAAUUGUCGACGGGAGCGCAAAGCGGAGGUCCCUAUCGGUAGGGAUACGAUUGAGGAUUUGAAACGACAACUGGAUGUCGCUCAGGCAGAUGAUGCAUCUCCCCCGAGUGUAAUUCCGGAACUAACUGACCGGCUACGAGAGGCAUAUCAGGAUGAGGAGGUAUAUUGGUAUUUGAAGAGCCGGAAUCGAUGGAUGCGGGUGGGGGAUAAGAAUACUAAGUAUUUCCAUGCACAAACUAAGCAGCGACAGGCACGUAAUCAAAUCACUGGUUUGUAUGACAAGCAUAAUGUUUGGUCUACAGAGGAUGCUGCAAUCUGUAAUACAGCGGUGUCGUAUUUUGAGGAUUUGUUUACUUCUAUUAAUCCGGAUAUUUUGAGGACGCCUUAA